UUGGGUUUGGAAUUUGGGCUUUCUAUAAAUCUCCCCUGCUUUCUUUCAUGUGCAUCCCUCUCCUUUAGUACUACAGAGUGUAACAAACAUCCUUUUACCAAAAAAGAAAGAGACCAAAAAAUGGUGCCUUUAAGUUUUAGUACUUCUUUUAGGUUUGUUAUGGUACUCUUCAUCUUUCUUACCAUAAAAGGCUCAAUUGCUCAUAGUGAUGAUCAAGCUAAACGAACCACUGUGGUCAAUGACGCUAGAAAUGGUUAUGCCAUCUCACUAAGUGUGGAGAAGGAAGUUAUGGAUGAUGUACCUGCACCAGCAGCAGCUGAACUCAAUAAGUAUGGCGGAAUGAGAGGAAGAAAAAUGAUGAUAGAGAGAAAAAAUACGAAGGAAAAGUCGAAGCAAGUGGAAUCGAAGAAUUCAUCAUCAGGAAACAGCAAUAGUCCAUCCAAUCUACUCGGUGAAUCGCGAAAGAACACUCAGAAUCAGAUGAAGGGCGACGAGAGCAAAAAAACAGCGAAAACAGCAAGUAGACGCAACUGGAAGAACUCAUCCGAUAAGUUAGUUUCAACGGAUGAUCAAUCUGAUGAGAAAGGAUCAUUUCAGAAUCUUGAUUCAGAGAAGAUUCAUGAAGAUACAACUGAGUUUUUCACCAUGAUGAACAAAGACUACGUCGGAGGUCCAGGAUCAGGAAGCAAACCCCAUCACAAACCCCCAAUCAACAAUUCCCAGCCUUUCCACAGAUCAAAUCCUUAAAAUUAUGUAGUAAAAUCUUCGGUUUUGGUUCAACAAUUUUGGCCCUCAUAGGAGGGAAACUAAACACUAACACAGUUUUGCUUAGUGGCAUGUGCCUUCAAGUACUAAUUAGGACAGUAAUAUUGAAUAGUUUUGUUUCUUUUUCUU